AAUACUAAUGUUGUUGCUGUAUCGCUAAGUAACCUUGGGAUGCGUAUAUAAUAUUUAUUUAUCCUCACAUAAGAUUAAAGCACAAACCAAGUAAGUGUUAUUGCAGUUUUGUUUAAAACAAGAAACAAUUCUGAUUAGUAUUGCUUGAGAGAAAUUCUUAAAGUUGUCUAAAUUGGCAUUUUUUUCAUAUGUGCCUCUUUUGCUGUAGGCACAGUAAUUCAGAACGAGAUUUGAGUAGAAAUAUGGUUAUCACACUAUAUUCCGUAUCUGAUGGCCCACCAUCUUUAGCCGUACAACAGUGUUUGAAGUACUUGGAUCUAGAGUAUAAUCUAGUAAACGUUGAUUUUGGAUUAGGGGAACACAUGACAGAUGAUUUUGCUAAAAAAAACCCACAAAAGGAAAUCCCAGUGUUAGAUGAUAAUGGAUUUCAACUAGGAGAAAGUAACGCCAUUCUACAAUAUUUAGCAGACAAAUACCCCAAAGAUGAAACUCUGUACCCUAAAGAUCUUCAAGAAAGAGCACUAGUGAACCACCGUCUUUGUUUUAAUUUGUCAACAUAUUACAGAUAUAUUUCGGAAUAUGUUAUGGCUCCCAUAUUUUUUGACUAUCAAAGAACCCCACUGGGUUUGAGAAAGACUACAAUUGCUCUAGAUAAUUUUAAUACCUAUCUGAAAAGGACAAGGACAAAAUACGCGGCUACCAAUAACAUCACAAUUGCUGAUUUUCAACUGGUAACGGCAACAAUGUGCUUGGAGGCCAUCAACUUUGACAUUUCCGACUAUACGUUUGUUAAGACUUGGUACGCAAAUUACAAGGAAGAAUAUCCAGAAUUAUGGAAACUUGUGGAAGGUGGCAUGAAGGAAAUCAGCGCUUUUGAGAAAAACCCUCCCGAUUUAAGUCACAUGGUGCAUCCGAUUCAUCCAGUGAGAAAGCAAACCAAACUAUUGAACAGUGACCUGUAAUAGCAUACCGUAUGAUUGAAAAAACCGGCGUCAAGUUGGCUUGAAAAUUACGAUCGAUGACGUUACCCAUAUAAUUUUACAUAUAAAAUAACAGUGAUCUUCAAUAAUUAUUCAUAACCGUUCCUGACGCCGUUUUUUUUUUCGAUUAUCUUGUAUUAUAUUACAUUAUACCUUAUGAUAAUAGAAUGAGACAUGAAACCAUGAUAAGUGUUCAGGAAAGUGAUAUAAACAUACUCCAUUACCGUAUCUAGCAAAAUACCUGUCAACCACAAAGUCAUUGAAAUUAGCAAAUUUAUUUUUUAUUAUACUUUUAUAUUUGUUAUAAUAAUAUAGUUUAUAUAUAAAAAUUGUUUUAUAAUGAAAAAUAGAAAUAUACUUAUAUUCUAUUUC